ACUCUCCACAGCUUCCCCUCGGUCGAACCCAUAUCCUCGACCACAUUCCCCAGCACACAUCUGCUACUGCCGCUGCGCCGCGACAUUCUGCACCGCGCAAUCGUCUUUGAGGGAGAUGCCACACGCCAGGGUACCGCAAGCACAAAAUACCGCACAGAGGUCCACGGCUCCAACCGCAAGGUCCGCCCGCAGAAAGGAACCGGUAGAGCGCGUCUCGGAGACAAAAAGUCGCCAAUGCUCAAGGGUGGUGGUGUGGCUUUUGGCCCCAAGCCCAGAGACUUCAGCACCGACCUGCCCAGAAAGAUCUACGACCUGGCCUGGAGGACUGCUCUGAGUUACCGCUACAAGAAGGGCGAGCUGAUCGUUCUGAGAGAGGAAGCCGAGAUUGAAGUUGAGGGCGCUGGCGCAGCGAGGUGGCUGAAAGAGAUGCUGCGAUGGAACAAAUGGGGCAACCCAAGCGGCGGCAGUCUGUUCGUCACCCUCGAGCGUAGAGAGAAGCUGUUUACUGCCUUGCAACACCCUGGCAUGGACAAGGAGGCCCGCGCCCUGACCGUUGACGAGGUCGAUGUCAAGGACUUGCUCGAGGGUGGUCGCGUGGUGAUUGAGAAGAGGGCACUCCGACAAAUCUUCCGGAACCACAGGAGCGACUUGGGAUCAAGGGUCAGGGUCGUCGUCUAG